AUGGAUACUCAUUCCUUUCUCCAUACCAGCGGCGUCGAGCGCCACCUACCUCCCUCCGCUCACUCCUCUGACCUCCGUACCGCCCUCUGCCUCCUCCUCUCCCACUGCCCCUCCUCCUCCUCCUCUCGCCUCGCCGGCCUCCUCUCCAAUCGCCACAUCCUUACCUCUCUCUCUAUCGAAGACGAAGUUUCAGAGAGAAUCAGCGUCGGUGCCGGCGCCAUGGCAAAAGCGAUUACGAAGCAGCGCGGCAUCCCCAACGACGAUGCCGUUUUGGAGGAAGCCACGAUUGCACUUAGCACGGUGCUAACGAACGCCAUGGAGGUGCAUGAUAACGAGGGGCGCACCCUCGGAAUCGCGGUUUUCAACCACAUCUUCUCUUGGAUCAACCACAGUUGUUCCCCCAACACAUGCUAUCGCUUUGUCCUCUCUUCUUCUUCGCAUUCAAGGGAAGCCAAACUUGGAAUUGCUCCACACCUACAAGUGAAGUACUCUUUCUUCACUUAUAUACAUAAUUAG